AUGUCAAAUGCGAUCAUUACCGAUAUCGCAACAGAAGUUGCAUCAUCGUUGGCAGCUAUCAAGCCAUCCAAAUUAGUUCGUCGCACUGUGUGGAUCAAACUUAUUCUAGCUGUUGUCCCAUCAAUUGCCUUUGGCGUGUUCACAGUUGUUUUUACGCUUCAGCAAAAUGCAUUCGCCGCAGUAGCACGUGAACAAGAUCAGUAUCAAGCAUCGGAGCAACGAAAGCAGGCUAUUUUUGACAACUGUAUUGAUGUCAUUUCUGAAAUCCUACUCAGUCCAAACUUCAAUCGAAGCAAUGUUGAUCAUCUUCAACCGAUUCAAGUGAAAGUUAUUACUGCUCUUCGGCGUCUUGACUCGCCUCAUAAACGAGAUAUAAUAUUUUAUCUAUAUGCAAAUAAACUUAUUCGAGGUGAUUUUCCACUCGAAUUUCGGCUUGAUUUGCGUGGUGCCGACCUUAGUGAAGUAGAAUUUAUGAAAUCGAGUAAAACCCGUUGUAACCUGACUAAUGUGUUUCUACCGGGAAUACUCGCCUCAAACAUUGUGUUUUCCGGAUGUGAACUCGAUGGAUCGAACUUCGAAGGAAGCGUAAUGCAUCGAAGUCAAUUUCGCAAUUGUUCGUUAGGAUUCGCUCAAUUCUUACAUGUCAAUCUUGAACAAGCCACAUUUCAAGAGAAUCUGUAUUGGAAAACUAAUUUUUUUGGUUCAUCAUUGGUACAAUCAUCUUUCGUGGGUUCGAACGUAUUGUACUUCGUAAAUUUCGAAAAUGUAGAUCUUUUUGGUAGUGACAUAAAAGCAGACCAACUGUUUGGUAUGCAUUUGUUAAAUACUACCAAUGUGUUACUUAACGCUCGCCUUCCGAAUGGGUCUUUCAUGGUCCAUUCAUCACAACUGAUCAAGGAUGGUGGAGCUGAACAAGAGGUAAAAAUGAGCAGAAGAAAAGAAUAA